UUGAGCCUUGUUAUCAGUGCAUAAAAAUUUGGACACGGUUGCUUUCCUCCUUCCCUCUCUCUGUCUCAUUUGUUAAAGUUAUUUUUUCUCUUCUCUUCUCUGGCAGAGCUUGGUAUAAUUUUGAGUUGAUCGUAUAAUUAUCUUUGGUGGAGCCUUGGAACUCAGUUUUUGAAGGAGAGGGAGAGGGUUUUUGGAAAGAUGGGACGGCAACCAUGCUGUGACAAAGUCGGGUUGAAGAAAGGGCCAUGGACUGCAGAGGAGGAUAAGAAGCUUAUCAACUUCAUCCUCACCAAUGGCCAAUGCUGUUGGAGAGCUGUUCCUAAGCUUGCAGGAUUAUUGAGGUGUGGUAAGAGUUGCAGACUGAGAUGGACAAACUAUCUUAGGCCAGACCUGAAAAGAGGCCUUUUAUCUGAAUAUGAAGAGCAAAUGGUCAUUGAUCUGCAUGCUCAACUUGGCAACAGAUGGUCUAAGAUUGCUUCUCAUCUCCCUGGAAGAACUGAUAAUGAGAUCAAGAACCAUUGGAAUACUCACAUCAAGAAAAAACUGAGGAAAAUGGGCAUUGAUCCUCUCACCCACAAGCCACUAUCUAAUACUGAACAACAACCCCAGCAGCAACAACAACAAGAGCAAAAGCUACAAGCUUCAAAAGCUGCUGUCAAGUCUCAAGCGGACAAAACCAAGGAGCCUGAAACAUCCCUACAAUCAACAAUCACUGAAGCCAAGGAGGAAGGCAAGAGCAUGACAAGCCCAUUGUUUGACACAAUGGAGAUGAUGAACAAUGGUUUCUGCACAGAUGAAGUUCCAUUAAUCGAACCCCAUGAAAUCUUGGUCCCUGCUUGUGCACCAUCAACAUCAUCAUCCUCAUCCUCUUCUUCUGACUCUUCCAAGUUCCUUGAAGAAUUGCAGUUUCCUGACUUUGAGUGGCCCUCAGAUUACAACACGGGUAGCAACAACAACAACAACAGUAUGAGCUUGUGGGAUGAUGAUUUAAGCAGUUGGGAUUUGCUAAUCAAUGAUGAUAGUGACACAUCCAAGCUAGCUCUUGAUUCAUCAUCAUCUCCUCUAAUUCAGUGCCCAAGAAUGGCUUUUGAUCAAGAUUCUUGGACAUAUGAGCUCUUAUGAUUUGCUUUUGAUUUCUCUUUCUUACUUUUUUUUUUUUUUUUUUUUUUGGUCAAAUGUGGGUUUUAUUUAUAAGUUGGCAGUCAGUUUUCACAUGAGAGAAAAAACGAAAAUAAGUUAUCAAGAAUCAGUGGGGAAAAAUCCUUCACUUCUUAUUAGUUUCUCCUUUUUUAGUCUUUUCCAA